AUGAGUACUCCUCUGCCUCGUGCGACAGCGAAUGUCCAGUUCCCUGCAAUAACGCAGAAGCACAGAUUGGAGGCGCGUACAUUCCUAGAGGACCAGAUCAUACUGCUCGAUGGUGUUCUUUCACCUGAGGAGUGCAAGAACUAUGUCAAAUUUAUUGACAAUCAACCAUUGGAGCUGACACCACCAAAGAAGAGAGGAGAGGCGGCAAGAGUCAACUAUAGGAUAUCAAUUACAUCAACUGAGAUGGCAAACCGGCUGUACGAGGUACUGUCUCCCCACCUACCGCCUUUCCCUUAUCCAGAAUCCGCAAAACGACCUGGUACCUCAACACGUCCUGCGCAUUCAUUUAACUCCAAUAUCCGCUUGUAUAAAUACACCCCCGGACAGUACUUUGGCCAGCACUAUGACGAUACUGUGUGUGACUCUGUGACGGGUGCGAAGUCGGAAUGGACUCUGCUUGUGUAUCUCACGGGCGCGGAAGACGGUGUGAAGGGCGGACAGACAUUGUUCUUUCGCACCCACAGAGGUAACGCAAGCGACGCGAUGGUGCCGCCACUGAAACGAGGGAUGGCUCUGUUGCAUCGUCAUGGUCCUGAAUGUCUUCUGCACGAAGGAUCGCCGGUGCUGGAAGGGGUAAAAUAUGUCCUGCGCUCAGAUCUAAUGUUCAUGGACUAACGUACCCGAGUUCGGGCUGCCGCGAUGGGACUUGGCGCAUAAACGGACGGGAAACAAGUCAAGAGCGAAACUACCGUCUCCCCUUUGACUUCUUUUUGGUAGGCAUUCCAGCCUCAACAACAUCAUCAUCCCUGUCCCUGUUGUCCGCGCCUCCUUCCUCGUUCCUUCUUCGCUUCCGGACAUGACCUCUCUGCCCCGCCUGCUCUUUCAGCUCAUUUACUGCCACCCUGCCUGCUUCGUCCACCCUUUCUCUGAGUAAUGCAAUUUCUUCUGCAUCAGUCGGCCACAGCUC